AUGGAUUUUAUUAUGGAUUCAAGUUUAGAAACAUUAAGCCGUCUUUCAUUAGACUUAUUAGAUUUUCUCCAAAAAAAUGGUCACGAACGUUUAUCUCUAAUUGUUGAUUCAUUUCCUGAAUAUUAUUCUCGUACUGAAUAUGAUGUUACAAUAAGAGUUGGUCAAGCCCCUAAUAUUGAAGAUUUUUAUUGUAAUUCGGAUGUUUUAAUAGAACAAUCAAAAUAUUUUCGAACUGCUUUAUCUCACAAUUAUAUUACGAAGGAUGGUAAUUCAAUUCUUCUUGAAGAACCUACAAUCAUUCCAAGCACUUUUCGAAUAUUGCUCAGAUUGCUUUAUAAACGUGACUUCGACUUGAGCACAUUGGAUGGUACACUUUUUAUAAAUCUCAUUAAAGUCGCUGAACAUUUUGGUCUUAAUGAUAUACGAAACGAAUUACAACGUAACAUAAUAGAAAGCAAUUCAACAUGGUUACAAGAAAAUUUAGUGAAAAUUCUCAAUAGUAUUUUCAUUGAUGAUAGUGGUGAAACUUCCGAAACAAUCCAAAAUCAUCUUAUUUCCAAAAUUUGCUCCAAUCCCUCAUAUCUAUUAAAUUCUAAUGAUUUCGGUGAACUUAAAGAGUCAUGUCUUGCCAUGCUUCUAAGUGAUAUUGGUUUUUUUAUGAAUCAAGGUAUCGCUUGGGAUAUUAUAAUUUCAUGGGGAACUCGACAAAACCAAGCUUUAAAACGGGAUAUUCCUCUAUGGUCUUUUCAAGAUUGGACCUUACUUAAAGAUGCUGUGAAAAACGUUAUAAUUUAUAUAAAUUAUGAUCGAAUCUCCAGAAACGACUUUUAUGGAAAAAUUAUUCCAUUUAGUAGAAUUAUCCCUCAAAAUUUGGAUAGUAGAGCAUUACAACAUUAUCUUGAUAAAGAUGUUAAAUCGAAAUACAACGAUAUCUUUCGACGUGUCUACCUUGAUGAUUCAACUUUAAUAAAUCAUUAUCAUUCAGACUUUAUUUUGAAAUGGAUAGAUAACCGUCAAAAAUUGGUAUCUAUAAAAAAACGUAAAACUUUAAAUCGAAUAUUUAGUUUUAGGAAAUACAAACGUAAUAAAUCUAUUAAACAAAAAGCGAUAUCUCGUAAAUUCGUUUUAUUAUAUCGUAUCACUUCUCAAGAUAAAGAUACGAAAAUUUCUAUUAAAGAUUACAAAGAUCUUUGUAUUAAUCGUCCUAAUACUUUAGUAGUGGCAAAAGUUCAAGGUUCAAAUACAAUUAUUGGUGGAUUCGCUCCAAAUGGAUUAGAUCUUGAUUUUUUAUCAUCUGGUACACCAACAAUCGAUAAAAGUUUUUUAUUUUUAUUUAAAAAUGGUGCUCCAAAUUUUAAUGAUAGUAUUGUUAGUAGAAUGCAUAAUGUUCAUAAUUUUGAUAAUUUAAAUAAUUCUUAUUUAUCGGUUGGACCAAGAUUUGGUAUUAAAGAUUUAGUUAUUGACUUAUAUAAAAUGAAAUGUACUUGUCAACCUGAGUACUAUGAUUAUAUUAUUUCUGAUAAAGAGUUUAAUAUCGAAGAAUGUGAAAUAUUUCAAAUCAAUCAUUGCUAA